ACCGAAUUGGAGCGUCGAAAGCAUAGUGAAGAAACGCUCAACUACCGGACUUACGUGGGCGGAUUUCACUUCUCUUUCCGUGGCCGUGAACGUGGAUAUUUGCAGGAAGCAAUCUUACCCAGAGUGGAGGCGCUGGGCCAGUUGAUGGGUGACAAGGAUACUGAGGCUGGAUGGGAAGAUGAGGAUUAUGUGGCGAACACAUCAUCUCGACCAAAAGACGUGAAGAAGCUUCGUACAACUAGCAAUGCAAAUAGUGCUCCUGGUCAACAUGAAGAGGUGGAUGCAGAAGAUGCUGAUGCACAAAAAAAAAUGAAACAAGCAAUACUUCCACUCUCGUAGCAGGUGAAGCGCCAGCAACUACUACAGCUGUGAUGAACGCCUACGCCGAUGGCGGGACGCCUCUUGACUACAUCUUGGCAACACGCAGGGGGUAUCUAGAAACGCGUUUGAAGUACCUAUUAGAGGAAAAUGCGAAUUGGUGCUGGUCGGAUCUAGCAUAUCGGAUUGAGACUUUAGAGCAGGAUAAACGAGCUACCAAAACCGAAAGACAGGAACGGCGCAUGGAAUUGGAGGGUUUGCGCAAUGCGCGUCGCAUCCACUCUGAGGGCGUUGCAGAGGCCACACGGAUCUACAAUGGGCGAGUUCAUAAGCAGCGGAAAGAAAAAUGUCGAGCGUAUUUUUACGAUGACAGAAGUUCGUUGUCGUGAAGAACAUAUUAUCCCCUGACGUCGCAGAACCAGAAGUGUUGGUGUCCCAAGUAGACGUGGUACUAGUGCAUACUAGUAGCACAACUUCAUCAAGAUCAACAUCAAUUUCAGGCCCAGGGGGAUCGAGACUCAUCUAGAAGUAAAUUAUACGGGCUCCUUUCCCUUUCCCCAGAAGAACUACAACUAGUAAGACAGGUUCUCGCGUGCUUGACAGACUCUAACAUAGCGCAAAGCGGCGAAGGAAACGGCUAUGGCGUGAGCUGCUGGAGCUGGAGAGCCUGGCAGGUCGUAGAGAGGAUCGGUUACGAGAUAAUGACCACGAAGAUUCGCCCACAGAUGCGGACCAGCAUCAAAGCGACCUCUUAACGUCUGAUGCGUCCACUGUUAUGAAAGGAACUCAGAGGAAGAAUUCUACUAGUUUCGUCUAGAUUUCGUAGUUCUUGUCGUCUGUUUCAUCUACCACGGGUCGUUACAUGUUUCUAUAAUAAGACUAACGUCAGGAUCAUUUCGCGAAUACUUCUAAGUCUUGCGAAAACUUUGCUCUGACACUACCCGACUUUGACGAGGAUCAGAAGAUGCAUGGUGAUGAUUGCGGUAUCGAGUGGCCACGAGACCGCAUGCUGAACACCAGGGAUGCUAUGGGAUUACCGAUCUUGACACCACCCUUAAGAGAAGGACCUAUUUAUUAACUACCUCUGGAACAUGAAUGCUGACCAAAGAAAGCCGUUCUGUUCGUCAUUCUUUUUGAAAUUUUCCUUCUCUAAUCUCCCCAUGCGGACGUUUACGGCGGAGACCUCUGGUCAAAUUUCACAUUCUUAGGAAACCGUACGUCAAGGGUUAACCAAUUACAUCCCCCACAACCCUUCCUCACUCUUUUUCCAGUAGGAAAGAGGUGAGGGAUGUAGUUCUGACGAAUGUAAUGCUGCAACCUUUAAGUAUGGGAACCAGCACCACCACUUGACAAAGAGGCACAAGGAACCGCCUAGAGACGGAGCGCCGAAGAAUUCACAAGUAGGGAUCAACUUCGCUUUGAUGCACCUGGCCUCGAUCGCGCCAAUGCUUAUCACAGAAGUAGGAACUUAC